AUGACACAUAAUGAAAAGCGAAGUCAUUGGCUCAAAGAAGGAGCUGUUGGACUCGGGGUUGGUGUUCUCUAUGGCUUGACCAGCAUAUGUGUUGGACAUCCAAUUGACACAAUAAAGACGAAAAUGCAAGGACAGAUGGGCUUUGAAAAAACAAGCAUGGUUCAAACUUUUGUGCGUACAAUCCGGACACAAGGUAUCCGUGGAUUAUACAGAGGCUGUAUUCCUCCAUUUAUGGGGUCUGGAAUAUUCAGAUCAACCCAAUUUGCUGUAUUUGAAGGAGUCUACACAUUCCUUGAUACACCUCUAGGUACUGCUGUUAUUCCUGCCUCUGGGGGGAUACAACUCCGAAUUUUAGCAGGCGGUGUCUGUGCAGCAACUGCACGGGCCAUCAUUGAGACCCCUCUCGAGUAUGCUAAGGUGAGAUGCCGGUUUCUCUCCAUGUCAUUCUCCUACGUGUGUUCUUUAUUUGGUGUUAUUUUUCUUCAGGAAUAA